GCGCCGAGAGCCGGAUCAGGAGCCCACACGGCUGUCAUCAGCCCCCAGGACCCCACGCUCCUCAUCGGCUCCUCCCUGCAGGCCACAUGCUCAGUGCACGGGGACCCGUCAGGCGCCACAGCUGAGGGCCUCUACUGGACCCUCAACGGACGCCGCCUAGCCCCCGAGCUCUCCCGUGUGCUCAACGCCUCCACCCUGGCCCUCGCCCUGGCCAACCUCAACGGAUCCAGGCAGCAGUCAGGCGACAACCUCGUGUGCCACGCUCGUGACGGCAGCAUCCUGGCUGGCUCCUGUCUCUAUGUUGGCUUGCCCCCAGAGAAACCCUUCAACAUCAGCUGCUGGUCCAAGAACAUGAAGGACCUGACCUGCCGCUGGACGCCGGGAGCCCAUGGGGAAACCUUCCUCCACACCAACUACUCUCUCAAGUACAAGCUGAGGUGGUACGGGCAGGACAACACGUGUGAGGAGUACCACACGGUAGGGCCUCAUUCCUGCCACAUCCCCAAGGACCUGGCUCUCUUUACGCCCUAUGAGAUCUGGGUAGAGGCCACCAACCGGCUGGGCUCGGCCCGCUCCGAUGUGCUCACCCUGGACAUCCUGGAUGUGGGUGAGCCCCCCCACCCCAGCUCCUAGGCCCACGAGGGAGCCUGCA